AUGGGGAACUGGCAGCCUGGAGGUACAAGACAAAGAGAGUGUAUAGGGAUCAGCUGGACUGGCAGCCCAACUGGCUGUGCCCAUCCUUUCUGGCUGCCCACCUGUGCCAAGGACUUCAGUUUGACAAAUGAAAAAGGUGCCCAUUCCAGUGACAGUGAUGAGAACUCAGAGCGUGGCAACUGGUCAAACAAAGGCGACUACCUGCUGUCCAUGGUGGGCUAUGCCGUGGGCCUGGGCAACGUCUGGCGCUUUCCCUACCUCACCUACCAGAAUGGAGGAGGUGCUUUUCUAAUCCCCUACACCCUGAUGCUGGCAUUAGCUGGCUUGCCCUUAUUUUUCAUGGAAUGUUCCCUUGGGCAGUUUGCCAGUCAAGGGCCAGUUUCCAUCUGGAGAAUACUACCAUUGUUUCAAGGAGUGGGCAUCACAAUGGUCAUCAUCUCAACCUUUGUAACUAUCUACUACAAUGUUAUCAUUGCUUAUGCACUCUAUUACUUAUUUGCCUCAUUUCAACAAGUGCUGCCAUGGUCAGACUGCUUUUCCUGGGCAGAUGAAUUCUGCAGCAAGACACGAAUAGUAAGUGACUGCAACACAACCUUGCAUGGGCAAAUCAUUCAUGCAAACUACUCAUUUGUCACGGGCAACAAUCUCACGUGUAUAAAUGGCACCAUAAGCUACAAACCAGUGCAAUUUCCCAGUGAGCAAUACUGGAACAAAGUGGCUCUGCAGCGCUCGAGUGGGCUGGACGAGACCGGCAGGAUUGUGUGGUACCUGGCUCUCUGCCUCCUCCUGUCCUGGAUAAUUAUUGCAGCUGCCCUGUUUAAAGGAAUCAAGUCUUCUGGAAAGGUUGUCUACUUUACUGCACUCUUCCCAUAUUUCAUCCUGUUCAUCUUGUUGGUGCGAGGUGCCACCCUGGAAGGCGCCUUGGAUGGCAUUGAGUACUACAUUGGGAGACAGUCCAACAUCACCAAGCUGAUGGAGGCUGAGGUUUGGAAAGAUGCAGCCACCCAGAUAUUUUACUCCUUGUCCGUGGCGUGGGGUGGACUUGUUGCUUUGUCUUCAUACAACAAGUUCCACAACAACUGCUACUCAGAUGCCAUUUUAGUUUGUGUUACCAACUGUGCCACCAGUGUAUUUGCUGGGUUUGCAAUAUUCUCCAUCCUGGGACAUAUGGCAUUUUUGUCUGAGAGACCCGUCUCAGAGGUGGUGGACUCAGGGUUUGAACUGGCCUUUGUAGCCUACCCAGAGGCUCUCUCCAAGUUACCAGUUUCUCCUCUGUGGUCCUUCUUGUUUUUCUUCAUGCUUCUGCUUUUGGGCCUUGACUCCCAGUUUGCCACCAUAGAAACACUUACAACCACCAUUCAAGAUAUAUAUCCUAGUGUGAUGAAAAAAUUAAGAGUGCCUAUAACCCUGGGUCUGUGUGCAAUGUUCUUUUUUCUUGGGCUUAUCUGUGUUACUCAGGCAGGAAUUUACUGGGUUAACCUAAUAGAUCACUUCUGUGCUGGAUGGGGAAUCCUUAUUGCAGCUGUUCUGGAGAUAGUAGGCAUCGUCUACAUUUAUGGAGGAAACAGGUUCAUUGAAGACAUUGAAAUGAUGAUUGGAAAGAAGAGUCGUUUAUUCUGGCUGUGGUGGAGAGUAUGCUGGUUUUUCAUCACUCCUGUGCUGUUAAUGGCUAUUUUGGUCUGGUCUUUGAUCACAUUUGCAAAUCCCACUUAUGGCUCAGUGUUAUACCCAACCUGGGGAACUGCUGUUGGCUGGUGCAUGAUCAUCUUCUGUGUCAUCUGGAUUCCCAUUGUUGCUAUUGUAAAAAUAGUUAAAGCUGAAGGAAACAUUGUUCAGCGCAUUGUCAGCUGCUGCCGGCCUGCAGCAAACUGGGGCCCCUACCUGGAGAGUCACCGAGGAGAGAGAUACAGCCACAUUGUGGAUCCCCAGAAGAAAAAGGAGCACGAGAUUCCCACUGUGUCUGCUAUCAUAUACAAGCAACACUGAGAUGGCUCUUUGGAUGACUGUUUUUUAGUAUAUAUGUGGGUUUUGUCUUUUAAUAUUGGAAAGGUA